GUGAUCUCUUGCGCAACAGACUAUACCACACUCUUCAUGCAGCAGUAUAAAAAAACAUGGUUCAACUAAAAACUAUUUGUGUUGUACUUUACAUAUUAGCCUGCUGUUUACAAGUACAGGCUGAUAAAUACACCGAUGAAAACAGACCAUAUGAAUUUGGAUUUAACAUUGAAGGAGAACAACACAGGCAUGAGAAAAAAGAUGAAAAUGGAAUAAUUAUGGGCGAGUUUGGAUUUAUUACUGCCGAUGGCGUUUAUCACGUGACUGUAUAUGCUACGGAUGAAAACGGAAAUUUCAAGAUAUUGUCUAUGAAGAACAUUCGCGUGAAGCCUUAUCCAACUGCUGCUAACCAGAGUCCAAGACAAGGGCACUCACUCACGUUACCAUCUUCACCCCAAAUUAAAACAACAAGUACAAUACAAUCUAAUAAUAAAGCACAGCCACUAAAACAAGAACUAACUCCAGGGCCAGUCAAAACCUGUUCUCAUUGCAGUAUACCAACAACCACUACCCCACCACCAAAACUGUUUGGUGGUGGUUCUAUAAAUAAAAAUAACGGACAAAACGACAAUAAUUAUAAUACACAAAUACAAUCGAAUGAAAAUUCUUAUAAUAAUGGUCAAAACUUACAUAAUGGUAAUGGUCGAUUUACAGGAUCCGAUCAAAAUUACCCUAAUCAAGUAGCUAACGGACAACAAUAUUCACAAGAUGUAAAUAUUAAUCAACCUUCCAAAGAAUUAAAAACACCCAAACUGUCUGGCAGUCCUCAAAAUUCUGGUAUUAGACAGAAUUAUCCACAGUCAUCUGGUAUAGGGCAAGAUAAUUUACAAAAUAAUCCACAAGCUUUUGAAAGAUAUCCACAACGUGCUAAUUCAGGGCAGGAAUAUUCUCAAGGAAUACCUUCACAAAUUCAAGGACAAAAAGAAGUUCCUGUAAAACAAUUCCCUGAUGAAAGACCCACUGGCAUUUCUGAAAAUAGUUCCUAUAAUGAAGAAUCGAACUUAUCUUAUCCUAAUAAUCCAAAAUACAGUCAAGAAAACGCUGUAUCUAAAAACAAUUUUAAUGUAGGCAGACAGCCUAAAAGCUUUAAUGAUAUUUUACAAUCUGUUAAUCCAGAACAACAUUAUAAUAACGGCAAUCAACCACUAGAUUUGCCUCAAUCAGGCAAUGACAAUCUUCCUAAAAAACCAGUGCUAUUCGCUGCUCAAAUGCAAAUAGUCGAUAAAAAUACAGAUAUUUAUCAUAAAAAUCCCGGCGAAGCUGAUGGUCUACCAGCAGGUUUAACCAACAAUGACAUGAAAACUCUUCUAUAUACCUUCAAUUACACUUUAGGAUUUCAUGGACAUCAUGAAAAAGGCUACACAAACGGUGCCAAAUAUGGAUAUUAUUAUGUAACGGGACGGAACGGGAUUAGAACGAGAGUUGAUUAUAUCGCUGAUGAAACUGGUUUCCAUCCUAAAAUUUCACAAGAAGUUUUAGAUGUACUAUCCGACGACGUACCGAAACCUGAAACAGAAAAAGAUGUUAAAUUUGGUCUGAAAGGCUAUGAAUUUAAAUGGCUAUAUUAUCCUGCCAAUGAAUCCUAAGAAAAAAUAAGAAACUUAAAUCAAUCCAUGAAUUUUUUUUUAAGCCGUCUCAAGAAACUACUAGCAAGGGACGGUUGAUAUAAUCGUCCAGAAAUAAUUAAUUUAAAAAUGAUUAGAAAUAUUAUCAUACACAAUUUUGCGUUAUUUAAGCUAAUAAUAAUAAAUGAAAUUUAUUCACUGAAAUUCAUUCAUUGAAAUUAUAUGAAAUAUUUUGAUUUAUAUAAAGGAAAACUGCCAUCUAAGCUGCCAAUUAACUUAUUUAACGUUACAUUCGUAUUAAAUAGCUUUAUUAUAACUAAUCAACAUUUCA